GCGUCUCUCCUCCACCUGUUUGCAUGCAUUCCUAUACGGCGACAGCCUUUGGUCGUCGUCUCCGAAACACACUUGUUUUAACGCGAUUUUAACAGUUUUUCACGUUUUGUGUUCAGUUUUUGAUUAGAACGUUUGGUGCAUGUCCGUUUUGUGCUUGCCUUGAGUUUGCUAGGAAUCGUACCUGUCAGCCAUUAUUCUUUGGAAUAACGUAAGGGGAAAGAGGCCGUAAAUACGAGGUUCCAAAGUGAGAAAGAGAGAAGGAGAGCGAGUUACACGGCGAGCCACCGGACGCAGAUUAACAGAAUCAUACACAACGUCUAUAUUAGUAUUCGAAAGCUGUUUUUUGUCUCGAUUGAUUACGGAGAUCUUGUUGAUGUAAGUGGACAAUCUUGGAAUAACGGUGGCAAAGUGGGGAUCCACGGACUCGGAUCAAAAUCAUUUUUGUUGACUUUACUGAGUGACCGCGAUAAUAAACGCCGCCAAGACGACGUCCGAAACGGAAGACGCCAUGCAGCACCAGACGGGCUCGCCCCAGCAGUUCUGCCUGCGUUGGAACAACUACCAGAGUAACCUGACCAACGUCUUUGACCAGCUUCUCCAGAGCGAGUCGUUCGUAGACGUCACCCUCGCCUGCGAUGGUCACUCGGUCAAAGCUCACAAAAUGGUCCUGUCCGCGUGCAGUCCCUAUUUUCAAUCGUUGUUCUUCGACAACCCCUGUCAACAUCCGAUCGUGAUCAUGCGAGACAUCAAAUGGCCCGAACUGAAAGCGGCCGUCGAGUUUAUGUAUAAAGGCGAGAUCAACGUCUCCCAAGAACAAAUCGGACCGCUUUUAAAAGUCGCGGAAUCCCUGAAGAUCCGCGGUCUAGCCGAUGUAAACGGUGAGCAAGACGUAAUAGGCACCACGACACCCACCACUCAGGCUGCUGCCGGUGAGGUCACCAAGACCCCAACUCAACAAGCCCCAGAAACCCCAGAAUGGGAAAGCCGUCCCGAAGGUGGCGAGAACGUGCCACCCAGGACGAAAAAGAGACGAAGAUCGGGCGAAAGAAGCAGCCUGAGUAGUCCGGCAGAGAGCGCGAGCAUUGAUAUGCCAGAACCUGCCCCGUCUGUCGAAAUGUCUCCAGCACCACCCGCGACACCCUUGCCUACGCAAACACCCCAAGAACCGCUACCGUUGACUCUUCCGAUACAGCAUCCAUCGCAUUCUUCUGACGACAUGGAAAUCAAACCUGGUAUUGCUGAGAUGAUUCGCGAGGAAGAACGGAAGCUACUUCCACAAAACGCCAAGCUGUUGGAAUCAUCCCAUGCUUGGCUCGGUGCUGCCUCCACCUCUUCAAUCGCCGCAGAUAGCUACCAGUAUCAACUUCAAUCGAUGUGGCAGAAAUGUUGGAAUACCAAUCAAAGCUUAGUUCAUAACUUGCGUUUUCGCGAACGAGGACCGUUGAAAUCUUGGAGGCCUGAAACCAUGGCCGAAGCCAUAUUCUCGGUGCUCAAAGAAGGAUUAUCACUCUCACAAGCGGCAAGAAAAUACGAUAUUCCAUAUCCAACAUUCGUUUUAUACGCAAAUCGAGUUCAUAACAUGUUGGGGCCAUCUGCUGAUGGAGGUUCAGAUCUCAGACCAAAAGGAAGAGGUCGCCCACAACGUAUUUUACUUGGAGUAUGGCCUGAUGAACACAUUAGGGGCGUAAUCAGAGCCGUAGUGUUCCGGGAUUCUCAUCAAAUCAAGGAGGAACCUUUGGGUUACCCUCGUAUACAACACCCACUAAAAGCCCUACCCAACGUCACAAAUUUCAGCAAAUUUACAUCUAAACAAGAAAAAGAUUGGGACUCUCUUAUGAAACCACAAGAAAAUCGUGCUGAAAAUUGUUGGGAUGGUGUAAAUAUGCAAAACUACCCUAAUAAUAAUUGUAGUAGUAAUGGACAAGAAUCUAAUGUAUCCCCGGGAGCAGCAGCAACAGCAGCAGCAGUAGCAGCUGUUGCUCAAGGUUUGAGACAACAAAUGUGUAGUAUGGUGGCAGCAGCGCAACAUCAAAGUUCAGCUCACGAUACAAAUCCAGUGGCGAGUUUGGUGAAUUCUUUAGCUCUCGCCGGUCAUUGUGGAGGAGUAUCCAUGGCUAGUAAUGGAGCUCCGCCGAUAAGUAUGAGCCAUAUGGCUUCGAUGAGAAUGGCUAGUCCAGCUGGAAGUAUACAAGAUCUGAGAAUAAGUCCAGCUGGGUCUGGAUUAGAAAGUCCGAUAUCUUCCCCGUUAGGAUUAACGGUUUCGAGUUCAAUGGAACCGUCCAUGGGUAUGGGUAUGGGUAAUAACAUGGACGUUAGCGCGUUGACUAUACCAGGAAUGGGGGCGUAUAAACCGCCUAGAACAUUUGCUUCACCAAGGCCUGAUACAUUAUUUCAUGAAGAUAUUGACGAACUCGUCAAACCAAUGCAUGGAUCGAAUUCAAACAGGCAAAAGGACCCAAUAACUUCCAUUAAAUUAGAGCCCCUUACGGAGUGUCGUGGCGAAUGAGCGCUUGAGGUUCUACAAUGUAAUGUGAUAAAUUAUUAUUAGUUUAUUUUUCGUUUUUUCCCUCUUUUUUUUUGGUACGUUUGUCAGAAACAAAAAGAAGGAACAAACAAAUCCGGACGAGCCGAAUCUACGUUUAUAUUCGACGUCGCUUAAUUAAUUUUUUAAUUAUUAUUUUUCUAUUUUUUCUCUCAUAUUUCAAUUAACUGUUAACGUAUUUAACAAAAAGAAAAAAUAAAAACAAAAUGAAUUUUAGUGAGUAGUAGUACGUUUUUGGACGGUUUUAUAAAAUUUAUCGAGAAAACGCCAAAGUUUCGGCCAGUUUCUAUAUAAAAGACUGUUGUGUAUAUGUAUACUGAUUGUUCUAAAUUCAAAAUUAGGAUCGUGUAUUUUCGUGGUAUUUAUCUUUGUAUUCUUAAGUAGACUUUAAAAAAAAAAGGUUUUUCGAUGCACUUCGGUCACAUCACAUUGAGAAAUGAUUACGAAUAUAAUUGACAUUCCUCAUUCGCUUUCCGACAAUCUUACUCUACCAUCCAUUUUUUACAACGCACACGUUUAUCGCAACAUUUAAGUUUUAAUUUAUUCAUCAAAUUAUUGGGCUUUUUUAUAAUUGUCCUAUUUCAAUUUUUUUUCAUUACUCCAGGCACCUGUACACUACAAAUCUUUUAGUUAGGAAUUAUUUUUCCAUCAAACUCUUGUUGCUACAUAAUUAUUAUUAUUUUGUUUUUUUCUAUUAUUUUGUUGUUUACAUUUUUGCAGCAUAAUAAUUUAAAACCA